AUGUAGACCCCGUUGGGCGGGCCACAGUGGCCAACUAUGGCCUUAUGGACCAGCUGGCAGCCCUCCACUGGGUCCAGGAGAACAUAGUCCGCUUCGGAGGAGACCCGGGACACGUUACAGUCAUGGGCCAUGGCCAGGAGCAGCCUGUCUAAACUUUUUGGUUAUUUCUCCAGCUGCUGCAGGAGCGGGACUGUUCAAGCGAGCUAUUUUGAUGUCUGGGUCAGCACUGAGUCCCUGGGCCGCGGUGCAAGAACCUGUCUAUUAUGCAGUACAAGCAGCUAGACAGCUGGGCUGUCAAGUCCCAGAGGACCUCUAUCUGCACUACGAAGCUCUCCUGCACUGUCUGCGUGAUCGAACUGUAGACCAGAUCCUCCAGGUGGAGUUUGAAACACCUCAGUUUCUCUCCUCCAUGGGACCCAGUGUUGACGGAGUGACCAUCAGACCUGACUGGAAGGAUCAACACACCAAGAUGGGCGAGGAAGGACGUACACCCGUGGACCUGCUGCUGGGAGUGGCUGCCACGGACGUUCUCGAGGUCUUCAGCGACGCGGAGAUCCAGCACGGCUUCGAAGCCGAUCACGAGAUCGACUCCUGAGGACCUUUGUCACCAACAACU